UAAGCUGUGCAGGCGCUGUGCAACAGGCGGACUAGAAGCCGCCCACUGUCUGUGACACCCCUCGUACUUCUCGGUCCCGGCGCGAAGUCCUCUUCUCUUUACCACUACAUCCUCGCCAACGCCAUGUCUGACGACGGCAACGGGAACUCACUACAGAACGGCGGCAGCAAGGCGGCCCAGCGCGCCCGUAGGGUGCUGAACUGCGGGCCCUGCCGCAAGAACAAGCUCAAGUGCGAUAGGAAGCGACCCUGCUCGUCGUGUCAACUGCGAAAGCGAGACCGCUUGCCGCUACGAGGACGAAGGGUAUGCGGCACGGCCAGUGGCGUUUCGUUGGACCUCAGGAGAGACCAUGGAUGUCUACGAGCCUGAACCGCCAGCGAUCCUGAGUCGACCGGGCUGAUAACGUGCCCGUCGAGCAAUCGUGCCUAAUUGGUGCGUUGUACUGAUGCAAACAUGAACACCGAUCUA